AUGUCGGACAUCAAGAAACUUGACGUCCAGCAUGUUGAACCAGUAGGCGAGCAUGGGAACCCUGCCAUCCUCGCUGCCUCGUCCCCGGCUGCCCGUUUUGAGCAUCGCCAGCAUUCGCUCUCCAGGGUCGAGGCCAUCAAGGAAAACAAACUUCCUCUAGCAUGGUGUAUGUACAUGUUCUUCAUCUGCGUCGCCUGGGGCUUCGACGGAUUGGCAGGUGGUGUGGUCGUCUCCAUUGCAGAGUUUCGAAAGGACUACGGCAAGCCUUACGAAGGAGACUACGUUGUUGACGCAAACUGGCAACUCGGAUUCCAGGCCGGAACCCUCUUCGCUAUGGUGUUUGGAGGGUGGAUGGCCGGCCUGUUCAUCGACCGAGUAGGUCGCCAGCCCGUCAUCGGAGCGGCUUUCAUCAUCUCCAUUGGUGGUGUUUUCCUACAAGUAUUCAGUAAAAACAUUGGCCAAUUCCUAGGAGGAAAGGUUUUGACUGGUAUUCCUCUCGGUGUCUUUACCACCGCUGCUCCUCCAUAUGCAUCUGAGAUGGCUCCUCUGGCUAUUCGUGGCUCCAUCUCGGCUGGAAUGAAUUUCGCCAUCGUGCUAGGUCAACUCAUCGGAUAUGGUGUCAUGCGGCAAGCUAGUUUCUACGGUGACUCCAGGGCUUACAAGGUCCUAUUUGCCACCCAGUGGGGAUUUGCCGCGGUGGGAAUUGCCAUCUUACCUUUCUUUCCAGAGUCGCCAUAUUGGCUCGUUGCCAAUGGAAAAUCUGAAAAGGCGCGAAAGAAUCUUGAGAAGCUUCACGAUGCCGACUACGACUUCGAUGGACACAUGGCGGAGAUCAACGACUCUCUAACAUUACAGAGACAACAAAGCGAUUCUCAAGGGGGUAUGUUAGACUGCUUCAAGAAAGAUGCCUGGAAGAGAACGUUGGUGGCAACCAGCAUGUUCUUCAUCCAAAACUGCUGCGGCUCAGCAUGGGUUAUCGGAUACAUGAGCUAUUAUUUCCAACUUGCGGGCAUGGAAGUUUCAAAAUCGUUCGACACGACUGUCGGUCUUUGCGGGAUGAUGGUUGUGGGGAACAUUUGCAGUUGGUGGUUCAUCGACUGGUUUGGAAGACGAUCAACUGCUUUGUACGGAUGCAUUGCCCUCUGUGUCACGCUAUUCCUCAUUGGAAUUCUUUCCGUGAUCAAGGCUUCCGGAGCGGUCUGGGGUCAGGUUGUGUUCAUGGCUGUUUGGUCUUUCGUUUACCAAGCUACCGUCGGCGCCGUUGCAUGGCCGAUCGCAACUGAGGCUGCUACAUCUAGACUGCGUGGCCCAACACAAGCUCUAGCAACUAUGGUCAAUGGACUCUCCUCAUCAAUCUGGAGUAUGUCUCUUCCGUAUGCCAUUAACCCUGAUCAGGGGAACCUCGGAGGAAAGAUUGCAUUUAUCUUCGGUAGCACGCUUGCUAUAUCUGCCAUCUUCAUUUUCUUCAUGAUUCCUGAGACCAAAGGGCGGACAUAUAUUGAGAUUGAUGAGCUAUGGGCACGGGGAAUACCACCACGGAAGUUCAAGGAGACUGAGCUUGUCACAGUUCCCGUGGAGGAGUUGAAGACUGUCGAUUAG